UGCAACUGGCCGCCCCGUUUGUUGCCCGUACCGUGCCCCGCCCGCCCGUGUACGAUUUGGGCGUGAAAGAUUGCGCCCGGGGUCGGAAAAACCGGUCACAAGUGUGUGCAGUGCAGUACGAGCGGCUUUCCUCCGUCAUCGUGUCACCGUCAUUUUUUCGCUCGUCUGCUGCUGCUCUCCUUGUACCGUGUGCGUGUGUGUGUGUACGUACGGUGUGUGCGGUGUAUGCGUGUGUGUAUGAGCGAGUGUGUGUGCGAGUGUGUUAAAGUCAGAGCUGCACGCGUUUUCGCUGUGCCGCAGCAAAUUGGGUAUCGAAUCGAACUUUCGGUGCGGAAAAGCGGAAGGACACAGCGCGAAACACGAACGUGUACGAUCCGGUCGCCUCGCACCCACCCCCUCCCAUCCCUCGCUCCCGCAACACCCGGAAGUCGGUGAAAUCGCACAGUUGUGAGGAAUUGGAAACAGGGUGCCGUGAAAAUGAGUAGCUCUGAGGAGGUAUCAUGGAUUUCUUGGUUUUGCGGACUGCGCGGUAAUGAAUUCUUCUGUGAGGUGGACGAGGAUUACAUACAGGACAAAUUUAACCUGACCGGACUCAACGAACAGGUACCGAACUACCGUCAUGCGCUGGACAUGAUUCUGGACCUCGAGCCCGAGGAUGAAAUUGACGAUAAUCCCAACCAGUCGGAUCUGAUCGAGCAGGCGGCGGAGAUGCUGUACGGUUUGAUACACGCUAGAUACAUUCUCACCAACCGUGGCAUAGCUCAAAUGAUAGAAAAAUAUCAAAGUGGAGACUUUGGGCACUGCCCACGCGUUUACUGUGAAAGUCAACCAAUGCUUCCGCUAGGUCUGUCGGAUGUGCCCGGUGAGGCGAUGGUAAAGUCCUACUGUCCCAAAUGCAUCGACGUUUACACACCAAAGUCCUCUAGACAUCAUCAUACCGAUGGCGCAUACUUCGGAACUGGAUUCCCGCACAUGCUGUUCAUGGUACACCCAGAGUACCGUCCUAAGCGUCCCGCAAAUCAAUUCAUACCACGUCUCUACGGUUUUAAGAUUCACUCCUUAGCGUAUCAAAUCCAACUGCAGGCGGCAGCGAACUUUAAGGCACCGCUUCGAGGGGUAAAUGGCACCGUGAGCUCGGCGAAGGGCAUCGACAACUGAACCGCAAGCCGCCGAGACUAUAUCGAAAAGAUAGUUUGAGCCAGCCGCCACCCUCUCGAUAUAGGAUCAACCAAGCAACUAAGCAACCAUCCCCUUGCUACUAAUACCACCAUCAUCAUCCAUCCCCUCCCCCUCUUACAUCAAGCGGAAAGCGUGUUCGUGUGUGUGUGUGUGCGUGCGUGCGUGCGAGUGUUAGAGAUGCAAAAGCGGAAGCCAGAUCCCCCAGGGGGGAAGAUACAAUCGCGGAAAAGUGUUUCGUGAAAUGUCCUAGCAGAACACGCAUCAUAUUUAGGAUGCUGUAUGCGUCGUUCGGUAGAGUUUUGUUAAUAGUUUUUUUUUUCUUUUUAUAAAAUCACACAUUGAUUUAUUCGCGCAUCCACAUGGAUGGAAUGUAGCUGUGUGUGUGUUGAAUAAUGUUUUUUUCCCUGCCGUGUGAGAAGAAAGUGUUUUUGAAAGGCGUGUCAUGAAAUCAUCACACGUGCUUUAGAAACAAAUAUGAAAACAAACGGAUCCACUAGACGCAGUGCAUCCCCAUCCCCUCUCCUUCUCGCUUUUUCCACACGAUAUCUCGGCGCGAUCGAUAGUGAAAAGUGUGUUCUAGGCAUCUUGUGCGCGUUGCGCUGGGAACAUUCACGAUACAUAGCAGGCGGCGAACACGUGUUAUACGCAUGCACACCACUCACACAUACACAGACAUAGAGCGGAAAAUCGAGUAACAGCAGCAGCAGAAGCAAAAGUAGUAGCAGAUAGAAACACGUAGGGAGAGCGCAAAAGAAAAAGAAAAGAAAAGAACGGAAACAACAAAAAUAAAAUAAUCCACGUAGAAAAAUAGAACGAAGACGCCGAGACGGACGGCGGGCCGGAGGAUCUAUGGAUAUGGAAGAUGAUGAAAGUAAUUAAUACACACACACACACACACACAUACACGCGAGGUACGUUAAUGUAAAACAAGCUGUCUUGGAAUCAUCUCUCAACUCUCUCUCUCUCUCUCUCACUCUUUCCGCUCCACCCAUUUUCUAAUUUGCUGACCCCCCAUGCGUUUGUUCAUGAUCGCGGGCAGAAGGAACAAAACAAACCCGCAUUUCUUGCCCCAUUUUGUGUCUAAACAUCAAUACUUGCAUUGAAAGCGUUAAGCAAGCUCCAUCUUCAAAACUAAUUUAUGGGUAAAAAUAGGAAAAUUUUAAACAAAACGUAGAGCCGGAUGAUGAAUAUCCUGUUAUAAUUAUAUUGGUCGAGGAUUUGCUUUAAAAAAACGCUGCGUUUUUCAAUAGAAAAUGGUGCGCCAGGGGAAACCCGAGAAUGGAUUGAAUUGAAUUGAUUGCGCAAAUUCUUGUAAGAAUUAUAGCAUGGUGAUUGUAUUCCAAUUGUACAGAGCAAUGAAGCUGUGUUUAGUAAGCGAAUCGUAUUGUCCUUCUUACAGUUGGAAGUUUUCGGUCACAAUCGUGUUAGAUUUUCCGGGGUUUUCAAUUUUUUUCUUCUUGUUUUCAUAUUUUCUUUAUUUGCACCUUUCGCCGGAAUGUUCUUCCCCUUUAACAUACAUUUGACCACUCUGUUACAAUGUCCCGUUUGCAGAUGAUCACAAUGGCGAUUCUCGUGGCACGGUGCGUCUAUCGUGUUCGUUUGUGCAGUUUUUCUCUAUUGUCAUUGUGUAGUGUUUUGUGGAAAGGAAAUAAUUGUGCAAAGGAAACGCUUGAAAUCUCCUAGAUGCAGAGGGUGGUGGGGGGGGGGGGGCUAGAUUGUGGAUUAUAAGGAUACACAUAAAAGAACUGUCCAUCGGGCCAGUCGAAGCGGAAGGAAAGGAAAGGGUUCAGCUAAGAUGUAAGAGGAACAAGCAAGCAAGGUGGAAGAAGAUAGUACCGCAAUGAAUAAAGCAAAAGAACAAUAACCACACACACACACACACACCCACUCAUAAGAAAACCGGGAAAAGAGAAAGAAUAAGGCGAAAAUACACACACACACACAAAGAAGAGGCAAAUGGUAGCACGUUUGAGAAGAAAUUGGAGCAACGGUCCUCAAGAAUCACACACAAAUCUCCAAUAUUUAAGCGGAUUGUGCAACACAAGAAAAGAAGAAGAAAAAAACUUCAUUAAACAACCAUAUUAAGACCACCACCCACCCUCUCCUCCAUCUUCUAUCAUCGUAUCAACACUUGUGUGUUUCGGGGGAUGAAAACGGCUUGUCUGGCAGCGGCGGCGCUAAUAAGCCGCCACGGAUCCCUGCAACUGUGUGUGUGUGUGUGUGUCUCUGUGUAGGGUUAGGUAAUAAUAUUUUUAAUCCAUUUUAGUUUAUCCUUGAUGAGCGCGAGCAGCGCGCGCCACAACACGCAAAACAGCAAGGGGGAAAACUAUAGAAGGAAAAUACAGGGGAGAAGAAGAAAACGAGGGGAAGAAAAAAGAUACUGAAAAACCGCAUCUUUUUCACGAUAAAUAUUUAUCUGUUUUUGUUAUUCAUUUUUGCUCGCGCGCGUAUGGAGGGUCAGGGGUGUUAAAAUUAGUUCCAUUUAAAAGAAAAGACCCCUCCCUCCUCUUCCACCAGUUUCAAUGCCUCAUAAUCCAUCUCCAGCGCAGGCACAGCUGUGUGUUUCAAACACUGAUUUGCAACCUUUCCGAGGCACGAGUGGAAGGGUUGGCCGCAUCCUCUACUUUUUCUAUUACUAAUACAACAUCUAACUUAGGGCAUUUUUUUAAACAAAUAUUGGAAAGGAAAUAUCAAUUUCCGUUUUUCUGUCAUUUUGGUUCCUUCAUUUACACCUCCCCCACUGACACGAAUGUCCAAUAACUAGGAGAAGAAAAACAAACAAAUGGCAUUUGCAAUUUUGUGUGAGAGCAGCAGCAAAUGGAAGGCAGAGGAAGGAAGGAGCAGGCAGUGUAAUUGAGCAGGAAGAGCAACGGCGGAACACGCGAGAGAGGGAAUGUGCGCGAAGACACUAUUUGGUUCGCCCGCGCUCCCCCCUCUUGGCAAGGGAGGGAAAUCAUUAUUAUAAUAAUAAAGAAACAACAAAACAAAACAAAAAUUUAAAGCAACUGCAUUAUUAGCGAACAAACUAAAGCAGCAACAAUAAAAAAACAACGGAAGAAAGAGAAAGAGUAACAACAAGGAGUGGGUAAACAAAAUACAAAGAGAAACAGAAAAAAAAAAAACAAACAAUUCAUACACAAACAACCAAGAAGAAACAGGCAACAGACAGAGCAGCGCAACAAGUAAAACCUCCAAAAUUUCUUUCUCACAGUAAAAAACAAACAAACAGCAAACAGCUAAAAAUGAGAAAACAUUCAAUAAUAGCGAGCACUACUAUAAACACAACAACAGCCUACUGAGAUGACCACGUGGCGUCCGUCGCGCAAUACACGUUUUAAACUCCGGUCGCCAUGGCGCGAUGGCUGGCGAUCGAUUGUGAACAGUUUUGCCGUCGGGAAGCAGAGUGCCGCUGCAUGAAACAAGAAGAAAAGAAAAAGAAAACCAAUGCAUACAACACACACACACACACACACAAUCUGAUAAACGGAAUAUAUAUAAAAAUUAUUAUAUAUAUAAAAAUACAUGUAGACGAAUCUAUUGAUUAAUAAUAAUUAUUAAUUAACAGAUCGAUCGAACACAAGAACAAAAAGGGGCGAAAAUAACAUAGCAGCAGCAGCAGUGGAAUGUGAAUGGGGGCGAGUAGUAAGAAUUAAUUGGAAAGAGAAUGAAAGUAGUAGCGAACACUUACACAAGCAGCAGCAGCAGCAGCACGGAAGCGAAGAAAUGCAAAUUUAAAAGAGAACCACGUGGCGGCAGCACACCACGGGCCGCAUGGGUGUGCAGAGGGUAGCGGCGUCGUGUGCGUGUGUGUGUGUAUGUCCUCCUCCUUCGUUGGAGGUAAUUGAAAUAAAAAUUGAAACAAAAAAUCGAA